UACAUCUCCCUCGCUCUCCAACUCUCCCCACUCACCACUCAUCCAAAAUCAUCACCAUGUCCAUCCUCAAGCUCCGAUCCGCCCUCGCCCCCCUCUCGGCCAGGCGAUUCGCUACCGCCGCCCCCUCCGUCUCCGUCACUUCCACCCGCUCAAAUGCCUCCGCUCCCCUUCUCGGUAACAUUGAGGCCAGCUGGAAGACCCUCCCCGCCGAGGAGCAAUACGAGGUUUACCAGCAGCUCGAGCAGCUCCAGAAGAAGAACUGGAAGGAACUCACAAUAGAUGAGAAGAAGGCUGCCUACUUUGUCGCUUUCGGCCCCCACGGUCCUCGCACCCCCGCCAACGAGCCUGGACACUCUCUUAAGGUCUUUGUCGGUGUCGCUGCCCUUGUCGGCACUGCUUAUGCUGUCUUCGAGUUGGCUCGCUCACAAGCCGCUCCUCCUCCUAGGACCAUGACUACCGAGUACCAGGAGCAGAUGAACGAAUACAUGAGGUCUCAGAACAUGAACCCUAUCUCCGGUGUCUCCUCCGAGGGUUACAAAGGCAAGGGUAUGGUUCAGUAGGGUAUGGUUCAAUCCCCUUAAACUUGACGAACCAAAUCACUAUCAUUAUAAAAACAAUUCCAUUCCAUUCUAUGUAUGGACCUGUUUUCUUUGGGCACAGUAUUUGCUAUGCACA